AGAGUGUGAGUGAGUGAGGGAGCACGCGUGCGGGCAGACGAAAGAGAAAGGAGGAGCCGAGCGGACAAAGAGGAGCGCAGAGGAGAGGAGGAGGAAUGAAGGUGUGAGCACGCUCAGCAGUGCAGCACACAGGGAGCAAGGGAGGAGAGGAAGAGAGAAGGAUGGAUGAAUAAACGGACGAAAAAAGAGACUGUGUCUGCUGCGGUCAUGGCAACAGCAUCCUCUCACAUCCGGACGUAACCGCGGCAACCCGCUGCUGCUGAUGCUGCUCCUGCAGCUUCUGUAGCUCCUGCAGCUUCAGUGCUAUGAGACUGAGAGGUCUGCCUUGUCGCCCUCGAGUGAGGGAGGAGGGGUCAGAUAGGUGCAGUGCUGCUGUUGGGGGUGUGUGUGCAGCAAGACAGGUGCAAUGAUGCAAAGAGGAAAGAGGGAGAAGAUGAAGAAGGAGUGACGGAGGGCGAAAGAAAGCGAGUGACAGUUACAGUCAAUGGGACCGUGAGCGUAAGAGACGAUCAGGGCGUAAGCUUCACCGUCGUCUGUGUUCUCGCCGCAGGAGCCGAUAGAGAUAAAGAAGAAGGAGUGGAAGAGAAAACGAGAGGAGAGAAAGGAGUGAGCGUGAAAGAGAGAGACAGAGAAUCGGCGCAUGCACGUGUGAAUGGAUAGACUACGUUAGCAUUAGCUGCUUUUUUUUUUUUUUUUGCUACAGAAGCUUCAUUCGCUCAAAUCGCGCUGCUGGGCCGAGCCAGGGGUCGCUAGGGGUGGCAGUCUCUGGGACAGAGGUCAGAGGUCAGCGGCGUUGACCCCAGCGUGGGUCGUCACGGCGGUCAUUCGGCACGGAGGCGCGCAGCAGCAGUGUGUGUGAGAGAGACGGGAGGAGGGCCACCAUGGGGGAGUGGACUAUACUGGAGAGGCUGCUGGAGGCUGCUGUUCAACAGCACUCCACUAUGAUCGGCAGGAUCCUGCUGACAGUGGUGGUGAUUUUCCGGAUCCUGAUCGUGGGCAUUGUAGGAGAGAAGGUAUAUGAGGACGAGCAGACAAUGUUUAUAUGCAACACGUUGCAACCAGGCUGCAACCAGGCCUGCUACGACAAGGCGUUCCCCAUCUCGCACAUCCGUUACUGGGUCUUCCAGAUCAUUCUGGUGUGCACGCCCAGCCUUUGCUUCAUCACCUACUCCGUGCACCAGUCGGCCAAGCAGAAGGACCGGCAGUACACCUUUCUGCACGGACCCUACAUUGACCAUGGCCACGGCCCGAGCCGAAAACUCAGAAACCUAAAUGGCAUCCUGGUACAUCCGGACCCCAAAGACGAGCACGAGUGCCUGGAGACCAAGGAGAUUCCCAAUGCACCUCGUGGCCUCACACACGCCUCCACCAAGAGCGCCAAGACGAGACGGCAGGAAGGCAUCUCACGCUUCUACGUCAUCCAGGUGGUGUUCCGGAAUGCGCUGGAGAUCGGGUUCCUGGCCGGCCAGUACUUCCUGUAUGGCUUCAACGUGCCGGCCAUGUUCGAGUGUGACCGCUACCCGUGUGUCAAGGAGGUGGAGUGCUACGUGUCACGACCCACUGAGAAGACCGUCUUCCUCGUCUUCAUGUUCGCCGUGAGCGGCAUCUGCGUGGUUCUCAAUCUGGCCGAGCUGAACCACCUGGGCUGGAGGAAGAUCAAGACGGCCAUCCGUGGUGUCCAGGCACGCCGCAAGUCCGUCUGCGAGGUGCGCAAGAAGGACCUCUUACACCUGUCCUCGCUGCCCAACCUGGGCCGCACGCAAUCCAGCGAGUCAGCCUACGUCUGACGGCGGGUCGGGGAGGGGCUUCGGAGGGGGUGGGCGUGGCUAACAGGGCGCAGGCCACGCCCUGUGGUUGUGACUUGAUACUGCAAGUAUUGUUUAUGGGCCGGACAAUGGGGAGACUGGGGAGAGAGGGAUGGGAGAAAGAAAAGAGAAAAAGAGAAGGAAGACUGGUCUGGAAGAUGUGAAAAUUGGGCUAAAAAGAAGAACUGAGGAUGGACUAGGAUAAGAGGAAAAGGGAGAAAAGAGAACUUUGGAACUUAAAGAAAAGGAGUGAAGAAGAGAAGGGAAAUGCAGAAAGAAGGAUAGACCUGGAUCUUACAGACUGAUGGGGAAUAAAAGAGAAAGAAUGAACUUGAAUGACAAAGAGAAGUUUGGGAAAGACUUAAGAUCAUCUUCAACAGGAGCUGAUUGAAAAGGAUGGACUCUCGACCCUCGUAACACAGACGCAUGCACAGUGACACACAUGCAUGGGCACAUGCAACAUACAAACAUAUCUCCCCAAGGCCCACCGAAGUUCGGUCUUCUGAAAGAGACUUGUUGGAAAAGAGAGAUUGAUUUUAAAUGCCUGUUCUUGAGAAAGAGAGAGAGAGAUAGAGAAAGAGAGAGAGAGAGAGAAAGAGAUGGGAUACAUAGAGCUUUUUUUAGACUAGUUGUGUUCAAUUGCACAGUUGAUCUAUACAUGCUCCGCUCACAGAUGUGUUCUUUUGUAGCAACUGUUGCCAGGCUGGACAAGCUUCAGGCUGGCUUUCUCGUGGUGAAACGUUCAUGCAACUAGCUGCAUGUUGCGAGUUGCCUGCAACAUAAUAACCUGAUAGUUACAAAGUGAUUCAAAACCGAUCAAAGUUGCAUGCAACACAUUUCAAAGCAGUCGAGUUUCAAACAGAAGUUGCAGGAUACUUUACACCUUGCAGCUCAAGUGCAAUUUAGUUCCAUGAAAACUAAAGUUUCAUGAAGUUUCUCUGCACAAAGCCAGCUUUAAAGAAUGCUGUUGAAAUAACCCAUUCACCCUAAUGAGAGACUUUGUCAAAUGACUUAACACAUGUAAUCCCAAAUUCCUUCCAUCCAUGUGAGUCUAAUGACACAAAAUGUAUGCCUUUGGGUUCGAGAAAAGUUAGAGAUAAUAUAAGUUUUAUCCUUGAUAACACAGUUGUAGUAAAGCCAGUCAAGCUCAUUUACACCCAAUUAUUCAAUAAGUGGACAAAUAAUAAACCAUGCAAAAAAAACAAAAACAAACCCGAAGCAACACACUGAUAUAAUGAUGGAGAUGUUGCAUGUAGUUUCUUCAUCUAUCUGUUCCAUGUUGUAGCAUGUUCAAAACUUCAGCCAAGCAUUAUGAAAGAAACCUAUUGACAGUUAGGAUAAUAUGAAUGUGAGCCACUCUGUAAUCCCACCGGUCACAACUGUGAGCGUUCAUAUUUUACACAUCUCCUGUGAACAUGAUAUAAAUGUAGCAGCACAAUCAUAUCAGCAGGAACCCUCAGGGUCUUCUAGGCCUUCAGAAAAGGUCCAGCAGUUUCUGAGAAUUAAAAAAUGUCUUUAAUUUUUAGUUCAUUGUUUGUUUCAAUAGAACAGCUUGUGUCUGCAACUCUUACAGUGCUACUCUUACUUCAUUGUUAAGUUUGGAGGGUUAAAUUCUUGAAAUGCCCAGCAACAACUGAGCAGGAACCCAGAGAAACUGGUAUUGUUUAUCUAGAUAUACACAACUAAGCAAGCUCUCCUGUUGGUUUGGGCUUCAAGAGCUGAAGAGAAGUCCUAACACAUUAGAUUAACUAUCAGUAUCAUUCUGAGAUAAUGGAGGAACCCACCAAACCCAUUUUGAUUAACUCUAGGUCUUCUGGAAGUUCUAGAUACAUGAUUGACUGUGAAUACUAGCUGGCAGAUCUAAACAAGGACUCUGUACUGAAGCAGCUUCAGUAAAACUUUGACAAGGUAAAAUAUGCACUAACUUUUCUGUCACAAGCUUCAAGUGAAAUAUGGAACGUCUUUUAGAUGCUUCAACUGCUUGCGCUGAAUCUAAAACAGCCAGAAAAUGCCAUUAGCUUAGUGCUAACAAACUACUAGAAUCCUGUAGGGGGGCUAGCAGAGGUUAGCAUUAGCAUAGAGGUGGAUUUUUCCCCAUGUUUUAACAGUUUUGACAUUUAUGGCUUGAACUGGAGGCCUAGCUUUAACAGUCAAGGUUUGCCACUUAAUAUCAAUAAUAGACUCUUUAAAGAUUACAGCCACCAAAUAUGGUAGUUGUGUCUGUAUUAUGACAUGGUGUUCUUACUUCUAUUUGUAGGGCUUCAAUGCUAAAUUCAUCUUUCUCAGGUGCACACUUGAAAUAAAUGGUCUUGUGAACUUUUGUACCACCCAAACAAAGACUAUAUAUAACUUAAUAUAUCAUUUUUGUCAAACGAGCGGUGGUUUAAUAUGUUUAUUUCGAAUACUAUUUACUGUUUGACUUCAUACUAGUGUUUUUUUCCAUAGAGUUUGAUUCAGAGCAGAUUGUCAUACUGAACAUUUUGCGAAACUAAACUACGUCCUGCUUUGUUAAAAUAAAAUAGUUUGACGUAGUUUUUAAACUCUGCCAAUGUAACCGAUGAAUACAGUCAGACAGUCUUCAUACAGUCCAUACAUGGAAGUGGACAAAAGCAUUGGCUGUUUUUUGGGAUGUCACAAGAAGCUAAGCCGCAUAUCCACCUAUUCAGCCAACAGCAGUUUAGCUCCGCCCACUCACGCUGAAGUUAUAAGGGGCGUUUCAGCUCGGACUGCUUUUUGAAGGAGGCAUGAUACAAAGCAGCCAAUCAGAACAGAGCUCAUUUGUCAUGUAAAUGAAUUUAUGACUGCUGCUGGUACGGAAAACCUACACACAUAAGUGGACCUGAUGGAAAAAAUACUUUAAUUUAAAAAAUAUAGGAUAAAGGAUGUGAAGUAUAGGAUGGGAAAUUCUUUAUUCUCAAGGAACUUACGAAGUCAGAAUUGUUCACAGUGGUGGUGAUAGGAACCAGAUGUCCAGCCUAGCAACAGUAGCUAUGAAUGAAUGAAUGCAUUAGUGGGCAGAGCGUGGAUAUGCUAACUGAAGAAAGUCUAAAAACAAUCCUAAAAAGACAAGAAGAAAAGAAGAAUAACUCCUUGUCAUCUCUCCCAGCUCACUCUCUCUAUAGGUCUCUCUCUCUCUCUCUCUCUCUCUCUCUCUCUCUCUCUCUCUCUCUCUCUCUCUCUCCUUUUGCAGUAAUACUAAAAGCGUAGCGUUGAAUUGUAAAAGAACAAAAGUGGAUCAAGAAAAAGAAGAAAAAGAAGAGAAAUGACCCUCUGAUAAGCUCCUCCCCCUUUUUAUGGCAGCCGGGCAAUAACACCUCCCCCCAGUCCUGCACAUAAAAAUAAACAAAAACACAAACACAAACACAAACAGCUGUUAAUUCUCACGCCUACUUAUCGGUCACUCCUUUCAGAGCCCGAGCACCGCUGCCUGGUCACCACUGUACAUAGUUUAGCGAUUAUCUAACGGAUUGCUAGCUUUAAAUAAAAAAAAUAAGAAUAAAAUAAGUGGAAACAGAGCGAAAGGGGAAAAAAGCUAUAAUAAAAACAGUGUUAUUUUACUGUUUUUUUUCUCAGAACGUAACUGUAUAAUACAAAACAGAGGAUGGAAAUAUCUUUUUUUUUCUACUCUGGACUCCUCACGUAGCCUAACGCAGAGAAAAAAACACGGCAUGUCGUUUAAUGCAUUAUUAGAAUGGCUAGACUGUGUCCUGGGCUGUAUUUCUAUUUAAAAAAUGGAAAGUUUUCUUCUUUUUGCACCUUGUUUAUGUGCAGAUAUUUACUCUGAAGCAUGCAGAAAACUAUAGCACCAUGCAACAUGGAAUUAUGGGACCUAUGUGGAAAAUAAUGGCUCCAGUAUUGCAGCAAUAAAAACACACACACACAUAUACAUAUAUAUAUAUAAAUAU